CGCCCCUGUGCCAUCCCAGCUCCCCCGUGUUUAGCUAAGUAAUAACAAUAGCAGUAAUACUCGCUAAUUAAAUUAAUUACGAAUGCUUGUCAGUGGUGGAUUAAUGGCCAAUAGCAGCCGCUAGGUAUGAGUUACAGCCCAGAGGCUGAUGAUAACUGUGUUCCAGGAGUGGGGACACAUCAAGUGGACAAGAGGAGGUAAUUGCUGAGUACAAGAGGCGCAGCUGGGCAAGUAUUGCUAAGUAUAAAUAGUCUGACUUCAAUAGCGCAUCAGUAUUAGAUCUACAUCUCCGAGCAAGCCGAAUUCUGGAAGAUCAGGUUUGCAUUUCAACUCCAAGGCGACAUACCACAGAGAAAUAUUGUACGUUUAAUGUAUUGGAGAGAAUAACACACAGGGAGAGGAGGAGAAGAAGAAAAAACAAGACAGGGUCAUAUUCCUCAGAGCAGCAAUGGAAGAACUUACAGCUUUUGUUUCGAAGUCUUUUGAUCAAAAAGUGAAAGAGAGGAAGGAUGUGAUCACAUACAGAGAAGUUCUUGAGAGCGGGCCUGUGCGAGCUCGGGAGCCGGGUCUGAGUGAAGGAAGUCGGGAUGAAGUAAUCGGUGCACAGCGCGGGGCGUCUCGUUCUCCAAGUAGCGAGCCAGAGAUCGGGCCGGAUAGACCGCGGGACAGCGGCACUCCGAAACUAACCGAUCCGGGAAGUGGCGACAUUAAAGAGAAAAAGGAAGACACCAAACCAGUGGAAGAGGAAGCUCAGACCAAAAUUAAGCAACGGCGAAGUCGGACUAACUUCACACUGGAACAGCUAAACGAGCUGGAGAGGUUGUUCGAUGAGACUCAUUAUCCGGAUGCAUUUAUGAGGGAAGAGCUGAGCCAGAGACUGGGACUCUCAGAGGCCAGGGUACAAGUAUGGUUUCAGAAUAGGAGAGCAAAAUGUCGAAAGCAAGAAAAUCAACUUCAUAAAGGUGUACUUAUUGGAACCGCUAGUCAGUUUGAAGCGUGUCGAGUCGCACCGUACGUUAACGUGGGGGCCUUGAGGAUGCCAUUUCAACAGGAGAACCACUGCAACAUGACCCCGCUGUCCUUCCAGGUCCAGGCUCAGCUGCAGCUGGAUAGCGUGGCUCACGCGCACCACCACCUGCACCCACACCUGGCGGCGCACGCGCCCUACAUGAUGUUCCCCCCGCCGCCCUUCGGCCUGCCCCUGGCCACAUUGGCAGAGUCGGCCACUGUGGUGGCGGCCGCGGCCGCAGCCAAGACCACCAGCAAAAACUCCAGCAUCGCAGACUUGAGACUCAAAGCCAAAAAACACGCCGCCGCGCUGGGCCUGUGAUCUCAACAAAAAAAAACACACACAGCAACUUUUCCCAAGGGUUAAAGACACGACACAAAAAACAAAACAAAAAACAAAACUCGCCUCCAAAGGAGGAAGGACCCGCAGCUGGGAAAUAAAGUUCAGUGUUGAGCUUUCUGCGAAAUCAUUUUAGCACAAAAAUUUACUUGAUACCCACGGAUGGGGGCUGGCCUCCUCCUGUAGAAUGUAAAUCCCGACGCUUGCUUUUGCUUCCCAUAAAAUAUUGGAACAUUGCACAGAGGUGGAAAAUUUGGAUUUCUUACCUGUCUGAGUGAACUAUUUAUGAGAGUCAAGAGUGAACCAUCAAAAUGAAGUGCAAAGGAUUACACUUGCAUGUAUAUUUAUACUAUUUUCAACGAUGCUCAUGUCCUUUCAAUCAGAAUUGCACUUGGUUUAUGUUAGGCGGGACACAUAAUUGCUGAUGCAAGUGUGGAGACGAAAUAAUCUCAAAGAUUUUCAUUUUUGGAAUUUUCCAAUGUACUAUUUUCUUGUCGUUACAAUAACUGGAGCGAUGGACAAUAAGAACUAUUCGACCUAGAUGUCAAUUUGUUUAGAUCAAAAAUUAUAAAUUAUGUAUCCAAAAUGUUGCCGUAAACUCUUGUAGUUUAAGCCCUACGAUUAAGGUACGGUCCUUUGUGUAAAACAGUUGUCAAUACACGAACAAAGUUUUAUUUUGGUUAAAUUGUGUAUGACUGAUAGACUGUCAGUAUUUAAUUUUUAUUUCAUAUGUGGUUUUAUUCUUAAAUAUUUCUCUUGUGCUAUUAUGAGAAUUUAUUUCACAUAGAUGUUUAUGGAAUAUGUUUAUAUGAGGCGUUGGUUUCAUUGAAACCUUGAUUCACUCAAAGGACAGCAGAAGCUGAAGAGCUCAUUGCAAAGGAGUGUUACUCAGAGUAAUCAUGUCCUUUCCCGUCGUCAGGCUAGAGAUCGGAGGUAAAAAUGUAUUGCAGUUCAUAGAUGCUGCGCCAUUCUUGGUUUAUUUAUAAUAAAGUUAACUGACUAUUUGUACGUGUUCAACGAUGACUCUAAACAUGAAACAAAAUCUCUAUUGUACAGUUCUACGGUUUAAUGUCAAUGCAAUUAAUCAGAAUGAAUUAGAUUAACGAAAAUCAGCCGAUAUCGAUCAGAUUUUGCUAUUAUUGCAACGAGUGCCAAGUCAGAAUGAAAUGAUUUUAUAUAUUUAAUUAAAAUAUGUUGAAGUCGUCA